CGCAGGUUCUUCGACCGGAGAUGCCUCCCAGGAAGAAGCACGACCCAGACAGUGACGAGGACGAGCCUGCGCCAGUGGCUGAGGACUUGCUUCGACAGAUGGCAUCCCUCUGUACGUUACUGACGCAGCAGCUUGGUAGCAGCACGCCCGCCGCCCAGCCGUCCCCGGACACGCAGCUGCGCCUGAACUUGCCGGUACCGACAUUUUCGGGCUACAGCGACUCCAAGUCUGCUGAAGAUUUCCUCGCCGACUUGAGUGCUUGCCAAACUGCCGUUGGAGCCACCGACGACGUCAUUCUGCGUCGAGUACUUCCCGCAGCGCUGUGGCCUUGGUCCCGCUUGCGUGCCGAUUGCAAGAUGACAUCUGCAACAUUGGACCUUUCAUCGUGGUGCGCGUUUUGGGCAAAGACGUUGCAGGUUUGGUGGACACCGGAGCAGCUGUUUCCCUGAUCGGCGACACCAUCCACGACUGGUGCCGGGAGCGGAACAUCUCGG